ACUUCCUUUGGUAUUUUUCGCCACAGAGAUUGUUGACGUGUGCUGCUGCGUGUCAAUCUUUCAAUCUUCACUUUUCACCCUCGCAAGCCGGCGAUUUUCAUCGGGAAGCAGCAGCUUGAAUAGGACUAGGACAGCAUGGCGGAGGAAGUGUUUGGCAAGGUGAAGGAGGUGCUCAGCGGCAUCCUCGAGAACGUGAACGCGGCGCCCAAGAACGAGUCGGCGCCCGCGGAGAAGAAGACGCCAUCCACGCCCGAGGGCAUGGCGGUGGCCUACAGCAGCCUGGUGGUGAUGGCCAUGCUGCCCAUCAUCUUUGGCUCCAUCCGCUCCGUGAAGCUGCACAAGCUGAAGAAGUCCACGGGCGAGAAGGCCGACACGAUGACCAAGAAGGACGCCAUGUACUUCCCCCUGAUCGCCUCGUGCGCCCUCUUCGGGCUCUACCUGUUCUUCAAGAUCUUCCAGAAGGUGCACAUCAACUACCUGCUCACCGGGUACUUCUUUGUCCUGGGUGUGAUUGCGCUGGCGCACCUGCUCAGUCCGGUGAUCAACUCGCUGAUGCCGGCGGCCGUGCCCAAGGUGCCCUUCCACAUCCUGUUCACCAAGGGCGAGGGCAAGCACAAGGAGGACAUCGUGAACUACAAGUUCUCCACGCACGACAUCGUCUGCCUGGUCAUCUCCUCGGUCAUCGGCGUGUGGUACCUGCUCAAGAAGCACUGGAUCGCCAAUAAUCUCUUUGGUCUGGCCUUUGCCAUCAACGGUGUGGAAAUGCUGCACUUGAACAACUUUGUGACUGGCGUCAUCCUUCUAAGCGGCCUGUUUUUCUACGACAUCUUCUGGGUGUUUGGCACCAAUGUGAUGGUCACGGUGGCCAAGAGCUUCGAGGCGCCGAUCAAGCUAGUGUUCCCCCAGGACCUCAUCGAGAAUGGCCUGAAUGCCUCCAACUUCGCCAUGCUGGGACUGGGUGACAUCGUCAUUCCGGGCAUCUUCAUUGCCCUGCUGCUGCGCUUCGACGACAGUAAGAAGCGCAAGACGCGCAUCUACUUCUACUCCACGCUGAUCGCCUACUUCCUGGGCCUGCUGGCCACCAUCUUCGUGAUGCACGUGUUCAAGCACGCGCAGCCGGCGCUGCUCUACCUGGUGCCCGCCUGCAUGGGCACCCCGCUCCUGGUGGCCUUGGUUCGCGGCGAGCUGAAGGUGCUCUUUGCAUAUGAAGACCAUCCCGAGGAGAAGCCCGAGAAGAAGGAGAAGAAGGAAAAGGACGAGAGCACCGGCUCGUCCGGCAGCAAAAAGAAGGAGUCCAAGAAGGGCAAGUAGGGAGGACUCUCUACCCGAACAACAUCUCCAUUCGUUUCAUCGUAAAAUGUCUUCUGCGGCUAGCCAAGCUUCCUUUUGUUAUCACCCUCUAUCACCAUCCGUAAUCUACGUAUACGGAGUACACAGCUUAAAAAGACGAUUCACUUUAUUGAGUUACUUACGUUCCUUGGCCAGGCACAACAACAACAACAACACCUUAUUUAGUUCGGUUAGGUUACAAUUGUAGAAAAUGAUUUGUCAACUUUUUUACCAGAAUCAAAUUUAAAUGUAGAAUUCAACUAAUUUAUGUGGCUCCCCCGCUUAGGAGGCGUAUAUUUAAGAACAACAGUUUAGAUACAAAUAUAUUCAAAUUUUUGUAAAAUUUAAA